UCACGUAGGUUAUAGUAAAUACAGCUUAAGUGUUUAUCAUAAAACAGGAUAUAGGUUACUUUGUCUAUUUACGUUCAUUUUAAAAUGAAAUUGAUGGCGUGGAUAAUAAACAUCAUAUCGUUGUCUGAAGUUAAACGUAUUUACAAAAUUGAGUAACAGUAUGAAAUGGCUAAUGAUUUAUAUUUGAGACUACUUGGGAUACUAUUAUCUGUUUACAACUCUUCAGCAGCUGUCGAUAGCGACUCUUUUGACUGCAAUUUUGAUGAUGGGUUUUGUUACUGGAAACAGGACAAAACUGAUGACUUUGACUGGACAAGAUGGUCCGGAAAUACCCCUACUAACCUUACAGGACCGGAUUCUGAUCACACAUCAGGAGAGGGCUUUUACGCGUAUAUUGAAACGACACGAAAGGAUGGCGCUAGCUACACGGCUAGACUGAUCAGCCCACAGAAGGAUCCUGGACAAUACUGUUUCUCAUUCUGGUACCAUAUGUAUGGCAAGCAUAUCAAUAAACUCAGUGUAUCAAAAAAGGAAGGCACGGAUACAAAAGAAUUAUUCUGGAAAACAGCAGACCAGGGAAAGCAGUGGAUAUUAGGACAAAUACAGUUUGUGGCUGAAGAAAGCUUUCAGCAGAUUGUUAUUGAGGGAAAAGCAAUAGAUCAGGGGGUAACAUGGUAUGGUGACAUAGCAGUUGACGACAUAGUACUGGUUCCUAUUGAAAAAUGUCCAACAGCUAUCGAUAGAGACUCUCUUGACUGCAGUUUUGAUGAUGGGUUUUGUAACUGGACACAAGACGAAAAUGAUGACUUUGAUUGGACAAGAUUGUCAGGAAAAACCCCUACUACGUUUACAGGACCGGAUUAUGAUCACACAUCAGGAGAGGGCUUUUACGUGUAUAUUGAAACAACGCGAGAGAAAGGUGAUGACUAUAUGAAUAACUUCAAGGCAAGACUGAUCAGUCCACAGAAGGGUCCUGGGCAAUACUGCUUUUCAUUCUGGUACCACAUGUACGGCAGUCAUAUCAAUAGACUCAGCGUUUCAAAAGAGGAAGGAACGGAUACAAAAGAAUUAUUCUUGAAAACAGGGGAGCAAGGGAACAAGUGGAUACUUGGACAAACACAAUUUGAGGCCAAAAAAAGUUUUCAGAUUGCUAUUGAGGGGAAAGCAAGAGAUCACUGGAGAACUUGGUAUGGAGACACAGCAAUUGACGAUAUAGUAAUGUUUCCCAGUGAAAAAUGUCCAACAGAUUGUGGCGAUCCUACUCCAGAAGCUGGGUUUGCAACUCCAAUGAACAUCAAAAUUGGAUCUCUAGUGCAAAUAGCAUGCGAAGCUGGUUAUGAAAUUGCAGGGAAUUCAUCUGUUAUUUGCCUAGCAAAUGGUACCUGGAGUAACAGGCCAGUAUGCCAACCAAUAGAUUGCAUGACGCCGACCCUCAACAGUGCAAUAAUUGUAAAUGCGUUAGAAGGCACUACAUACAACAUGACAGCUAAUUUGUCUUGUGCAGUUGGCUUCUCGUUGAUUGGCAAUGCAUAUAUAACUUGUCAGGCGGAUGGAAACUGGACAACGCAACCGCUUUGCGUCAUCAACAACUGCAGUGAUCCGACACCAGAAUCAGGAAAUGUUGAUGACAAAAACUUUCAGUAUGGCUCAGUUAUUGAAGUAACAUGCAUAGAAGGGUACAAAAUCAGUGGAAAUUCUUCAAUUGUGUGCCAAGCAAAUUCUACAUGGAGUAAUAUUCCAGUGUGUGACCAGAUAGAAUGUGAAACAAUGAAUAUCACAAAUGGACAUUUUAAUACAACACUCGGAACGACUUUUGGAAAAACUGCUACACAAUACUGUGACACCGGUUAUACCUUUGCGGGAGAUGAAACGGCCACGUGCCUUGAAGCUGGCUGGAAUGGUACUAUCACAACGUGUACCAUCGUUGACUCGGAAGCCAGUGCUCUAGUCGUAGUUUAUGCUAUGGUUCCAGUCAUUGUAAUUGUUCUUACCUUAGUUUUGUUAUUCGUUAUUUGGAGGAAAAGACAUGCACACUGUGCAAAAGCGAAGAAUUCGCACCACAUAUCUGCAGAGAAACCAACAAUUCAAUAUGCGAGUGAAACAUGUCACGGAUAUGGCCUCAGAAACCAGGAUCAUGUAUCAGAGACAUCGGAACCGAUACCACAAGACGAGGAAUAUUCUUUUAUUACAAACCACAAUAAUGCGGAACUAUCAGACAAUACGUAUUAUAACACAUUUGACAAUAAAUGUAAAGUUGAAAAUGAUGUAGAAAAUCAAUAUGAUCAUACAAAUGACACAUCGAAGCCGUUUUCAGAUAAUAUAUAUUCGCAUAUAUCUAGAAACAAAGCUGACAUACAGGACGAGACAACUUACGAUACUACAUCGUGUCAAAACUCAGGAAAUGAAUCAUUGAACAUCAAAGCGCAAACAGGGGAUGAUAGUUAUAGCCACCUUGAUAUAGAAGGUCUAAAACAAGCAAUACAUCUAAAACCUCAUACUACAAUUCAAGAAGAAGAAUCUGAAUACGCAAAUGCAGCGGGAAACAUAGAUGCCGUAGAAUCUGAACUAAACGAUUACUCUCAUCUGAAUGAAGAGAAAAUGAAAACCAAAACUGUUGAAAAAGAAGCAAACAGUCCUGAAGAUUGUGAAUAUUCUAAUGUAGUUAAAAGAACUGGAGAUAUCAAAACUACAGGAGAGUAAACUGUUAAAAAAAGACCGGUCAGUUUUUUACACUUUACACUGCUAGCGCAACAGGAGGGGCUAAGCACUGCUUUAUUUUAAAAGUGGGAGGAUAAAGUGAUGAAACAUUAUUUGCUAAUUUACUUUUUGUUAGAGAAGACAUUAUCUACGUUAAUACAUACGUCAUGUUCAUUCUCUACUUCUGACGUUUGGCUUUAAAUGUGAUAUUCGCAGAAAUAAUGCUAUGCAUUUCGUCAUUUUAUCUUCCAACUCAUUUUACUCGUAGAAUUAUGUUUGUAUUGUUUUUCACAUCACGUUAGUAGUGAAAGUAUAUCAAAUUAAUGUUUUUAUCUGACAUGACAUUUCAUAUGGAUAUUUGUUCAACAUCCAUUUGUUUCAGUAUUACAUAAAAUGAAACAAAUAUAAAGAUAUUCAUCAGAAUAUACAACUCUUUACAAAGACAUAAUGAAACUCCUAUAGAGUUUAAAAAUGCAUUCCUUCCUAUUCAUUUUAAUCACGUGUAAAAAAACCAUAGUGGUAUUGCUAAUUUUACAUUUGUCAUAUUUGUAAGUUGUUGUUAAAGAGACAAGUAGUAGAUGUAUUAUUGGGAAUAAGAUCUUUUAACAUGAUAAACAUUAAUAGUGCAUGUCAAACCGUCUGUUAGUUUGGAAUCAAUGGCAAAAAGUAUGCAAUUAUAGCUCUUGAGUUUAUCUAUGAAAUUGUUUAAGUUCAAAUUGUCAUACCAUAGCAGGCAAAGAGACUGCUUAAAGUAAGAUAUCAUUCCGACUACAAUCUCAGUCUUUGAUGCCAGGGGAAAAAUUAGUUUGUAAAAUAUCGAAAUCUUUAUGACUAUUUAUUAUGUUUAAUUAUCAAAUCAAUCAUAUGUUUGGAUUUAAUUUGUCAUCACUGUACUAUAUUUUUUCAUGAUUUUCAAGUUUACAUAAUUUUAUGUAAAAUGAAAUUAAAGCACACAUGUAUA